GAGGCGAGCCGCGAGUGGAACUGUGGAAGCGUCGAGCUUUUUUCUUCUUUGUCUUGCUGCGCAAGAAGAAGGGAAACGAGAGGAGGGCGGCGAUGGCCAAGAGGCUGCUCCCGUCGCUGAACCGGGUGCUGGUGGAGAAGCUGGUGCAGCCCAAGAAGACCGCCGGCGGCAUCCUCCUCCCGGAAACAUCCAAGCAGCUGAAUGCUGCUAAAGUGGUGGCUGUUGGCCCUGGUGAGCGCGACAAGGCAGGCAAUCUGAUCCCAGUUGCUCUGAAGGAAGGCGACACUGUUCUUCUGCCCGAGUAUGGUGGAUCUGAAGUCAAGCUUGCGGCUGAUAAAGAGUACCUCCUCUUCAGAGAGGAUGACAUUUUGGGCACACUUGUGGACUGAUUCAGAUCGCGAGCAAGCGGGUGGUGAGAUGCGUAGGAUUUGAAGCUGGGAACAAACUCCAGAAAGAACUGUGCCCUGUCGUGAUGUCAUAAAUUUGUGGUGAAACAUCAUAUCAUGAGGAUAAAAUUUGUUGCUUUUUUUGUGAUGCAAUUGAGAAAACUUUCGAAUU